AUGACCGACACAGUCACUCUCCACACCUAUUUCCGCUCCUCCUGCUCUGCCAGGCUCCGGAUAGCCCUGUACUUGAAGCAAGUUCCUUUCACGCCCGUCUACGUGAAUCUCCUAAAGGGCGAGCAAUCCUCCCCAGCCCAUCUGGCCAUCAACCCCUCAGGAACAGUGCCAGCCCUAGUAAUCCAGCACGACUCAAAAGCGCCAAUUACAAUCACGCAAUCUCUGGCUGCACUUGAGUACCUCGAGGAAGCCUUCCCAGAGCAAGGGCCCGCCUUGCUCCCCCCAGCCUCGGAUCCAGAGACCCGCGCGGCAGUGCGCACGUUGGCGGACAUUAUCUCCUGCGAUAUACAACCUGUUACGAACUUGAGGAUUCUCAAGCGGGUUGGACAGCUGGGGGCUGAACGUGCUGAUUGGGCAAAGGAUUUGAUGGAGGAUGGCUUUAGGGUUUACGAAGCUGUUGUUAAGAAAUCGGCGGGGAAGUUUAGCGUUGGAGAUUCCAUUACCAUUGCGGAUUUGUGCUUGAUUCCUGCUGCCUGGGGAGCUCAGCGGUUUGGUGUUGACCUGGGUCAAUUCCCGGUUACGAAUGAGAUUGUGAAGAACUUGGAGAUGGAAGAGGCGGUUAAGAAGGGGCAUUGGAGAUCACAGGGCGAUACCCCCGAUGAGUUUCGUAUUAAGGAAUAG